AUGUUUAAUAUUUUAUUGCUUUUAUUGUCACAUACAAUCAAUUGUAAAAGCGAUAACGAGGAAAUAAUUGAUUAUGGGUUGGUAAAUAUCGCCAAUCAGUUGGUUUUGAUAAAUAUGAUAAAAGGUGAUUUACAAGCGACGAAUUCAACAUAUUUUGAAUUGAAAUGGAAGGGACGUAUGCGAAUUAUACUUGAAUCGAUUUGGGGUGAUGCUGAUUUAUAUCUUUCUUAUAAAUCUAAAAAUCCUGGUUCUGAAGUCGAUAAUCACGAUGUACUUUCAACAACUUGUGGUCUUGAUAUAAUUGAUGUGCCUCAAUUUGCGCAACGUCCGCUGUAUCUUGCGGUUUCUGGGCAUCCAUUUUCAAAAAAUAUAUCUUAUCGAAUGGUUUGGUUAAUGUUACCAGAAAUCAAUAAUGAAUUUGAAGAACCUAUUGAUAUUCCAUCAGAAAUUAUUUAUUCGUUGCCGCAAGUGGAAACUGUCUCAAAUUCACUAAUUUCUUUGGUGGAAUUUAUAUUAGAUAUUUUCAUUGAAGUGUUAUUGUAA